AUGCUGUCUGGGGUGGACAUGCAGCGAGUGUACCUCGUGGACGACUGGCUGGAGACAGCGCCGCGCGAGAGGCAGUGGCGUCCGGACGCGCCGCGCAAUACCGGCGGUGGUUUCGACGGCUUAGAGAGCAAUUAUUGGGAUGCCCAAAGCCGGCAGCUGGACUUCAUGCGGCAGCACCCCAACGUGAGCAGCGUCCGAAGCUUCGGAAGUGCUACGAUGGCCACAAAAUGGAUUCUGCUGGCAGAUGACGACACCUUCAUCCAGGUAGACGUCCUGUUGGACUUCCUUGCAGGCCAUGAUCCCCAGGUGCCGGCACUGUUUGGAUACAUGCUGAGUGAUGCCCAUGUCCUGGGCUAUGACUAUCCCUGCGGCGGAGCUGGCAUGCUGCUCUCUGCUGCGGCCUAUGAUGUCCUGGCCUCACGCUUGCUGGGCCCUGAGUGCCCGCUCCUAGCUUUUAAUGAUCUAACGAUCGGCUUCUGCGCGCAUUCCCGUGGGGUACCACUGGUCCACCAUCCGGGCAUGCAUUGCGCCCCAGACGUGAACAGGGCCAUGCGGCCUGGAGAGAACUUGUUGGACAUCCAAAAGAGUGUGGCAGUGCAUCGGCUUAUCGGCUUCCAGAGCUUCCUGGACAUGAUCAACACCUUGGAGGUCUUAAAGGGCCAGCUGCAUGCGCUGCUGCAGCGCCGCUGCCUGCUCGCCGCGCGCUCCCCGCAGGGGGAGGAGGAAACUGAGACGGAUCCUUUGGACUCUCGCCGGUUCUUUUGGUCGGUGGAGGCUUUGGCCGAUGCUGUUUCCGCUUGCAGGGCCUUUGCCCCCAAGGCCUCGCAGGAUGGGAAGAUCCACUUGGAGUUCCUCCUCUUCCAGCAUGGCCUCCCCGUCGCGCGCUACCACGAGGACCGGCACGUGCCACUCACGGCCAAGCCGGCCUCACGCAGCAAACGCUGGCCCGAGUGGCUGGAGCAGCUCCGGCACCUGCGCUGUGCGCGAGAGCCGCAGCCGGAGGGCGGUGACGAGGCUUUCGGAGACUCCGAGGUCACCUGGCGGGCAUCCUGGACGGCUGCAGCACCGCGGCUGGGAGAGCUGCAAGUGCAGGCGACGGGAGCUUCCGUCUUUGCAGCCUCGGCUUGGGUGGACUCCGAGGCCGUGGAGAGCAGCUUUGAGGCGCUGAAGGCCACGGGAGGCUCCUGGCUAGAAGAGCUGAAACGGGCGGCGCGGCCCUUCCUUUCAGGGAGAACGCCGGGGCCCGGCCGGCGCUGGCUCUUUGUGGACUUCUCGCCCUCCUCAACGUUUCUCAACCUCUUCGAGUCCCUGCGAGUGCUCCGCUCCGUCUCCGGCCUCUUCUUCGGAAGCAGCGACAGCAACCCAUACCUUCAAGAUGUUCGAGGUCCAGUGGAUCUCAGUGCAGAUGCACCACCCCCACUGGCCAUGGCCUACGAGUACUUCGAUUUGAACGUGGAGCAAGCCGCGGGGCUCUGGCUCAACGGAGUUGCGGCGCAGCGGCUCCUUCGUUGCCAGCCCCUCAAGCACCCGAUCGGCCUAGAUGAGGAAGCCCACGCCAACGACUGGCCGAUUCAGGAGGAGAGGCUGUCCUUAAUGUGGCACAAUGCCGUGGCCGUGGAUGUUUUUAGGACACUCCGCUUUUGUGGAGUCCUCCUACUCCAUGCCCCUGCUAUGGUUCCCCACGCAUUGUCCUACCUGCCCUAUUCCACGUACCGGCGGUCUCAUGCCCCGUCUGUGGCCACUGCCAUGUCCAUUGGGAACGUGGCUUCGCGUGAGCAGAUGAGGGCUCUGUCGCAGCUGGUCCAGCGCCGCGCCUGCGCAGCGCAACGCCGAAGCCGCGGCAGUGACAGGCCUGGUAAGCCACGAAGGAGCUGGAUGCCACGAAGUCGCAUCCUGGGAGGUGACCUGGACGUGAAUCUAACGGCGGAGGCGUGGCGCUUGCCAGGCGCCCGCUUCCUGGGUCAGUCGCUCGUGGCCUUCCGCUCCGAGCAUUUCUUGCCGGCCUGGGAGCCACGCCCUCCACAAAGCCAUCCCUUUGAGAGCCGAGAGCUGAGAACCGGAGCUGCCGGAGCCGGAGGGGGCCGCACAGGCCGAGGCUCCGCAAGGACCUCGGCAGCUGACGGCUCGGCGUCGCCGGGCCGCCGCGAUGCUUCUCGAGCUUCGACAGCCCUCGGAGACCUCGGACCAUCGACGACGUGCCAGCAACGACGCAGCAACGAGAACUUCACAUUGGGCCCAGAUGGGUGCAAAGCUCUGGCACCAAUCGCAUCGCAAAAGGAUCAGAUUUUCAUGUCCAACGUUGGGCCACUGUAUGGGCUUCGGAAAGUCUUGCGGCUGGAGUCUUGUGAAAGCCGGAAGGUGGCUUCCUGGCUCGAGCACUGCUUGGCUACGAGUGUGGGCUUCGCCGUGGUCACGCCGAAAGAGACCGAAGAGGUGCCCACACUGGAACUGCGCAUCACGGCCGAGGACCAGGAGGUCACCGACGAAGGGCUGACGGCCAUGCUGGAUUACAUGGACUUCGUUCUGGACCUUCCUCAGGCCUCCUCCGGGGAGGGCUUCCAGAUCUCCUUCGAGCAGAUGACUUUCUUAGGCUCAUCGCAGUCGGAUAUCCUCAAGCAGGUGAUCUGCUGGAGCUGCGAGCCCGGGCGUUCCUCGAAGUUCGCCGAGCGCUGCAAGCGCUGGAAGAUCAUUUGUCCGGCCACCGACUGGACGCAGGUGAACCGCUACUUGCUCCAAGUGGGUUUUGCCUUCUACCCGCCGCCUUGCCCGACCUACCUCCUCACAGACGAGCACCCCAGCAUCGAGGAAGGCAACCCGGAGAUGAAAAUCUUCGAGCCCAACGAGGAGAUCCAGAAGUUCGCGAAGCUGGAGGAGGAAAUGCAACACGAGGUCGCCACUCACAAAGACACGGAAGGCCACGUGCACCUGCCGGCGGCAGAGGACGGCAGCCGAGUCUCCAAGUACAAGGACGGCCAAAUCCCAGCCAAGCUGGAUGUGGGCUUUGCCAUCGUCAGCCAGGGCUUCGACGGGAAGGAAGGCUACCUCCGCAUCCAGGGCUGUGAAGGAGACCUGGACAUGGAUGGCUUGCACGAAAUGAUGGACUUCAUGGAUGCUUUCACUCUCUCGCCGAGCGCUGAGCGAGGUUUCUCCAUCAUGUACGACAUGCGCACGCUGCGCGCCCCAUCCAUGCAGAUGGUCACAACCGUGGCAGAAUGGGGCGCCCACCCUGUGCGGCAGAAACGAUGGGAGCAGCUGAACACUUCUUGCAAAGUCAUCAUCACCGCGGGGCUCCGGUUCACCCUCGCCAAAGGGAUCCUCUCCACCUUCUUCCUCUUGUGCCCUCCCGUCACAAGAACGUACUUGAUGUACGAGCCGGACCAGCCAUUGGAGAGUGCUGUCCUUUUCGAGCCCUAA